GGAUUGUUUUCACACCAUGAUGCGGGACGCGUCACCGCGUCGAUAAAAUUUCCUAACUACCCACACCUAUGUCUGGAGAGGACGAUUCAAGUGGCUGGCAACUAACAGAGUCAGAUCCUGGAGUUUUCACAGAGUUGUUGAAGACUUUGGGAGUUCCAUACAUCGUUGACGACCUUUAUUCCUUGGACGAAGAGUCUCUCUCAGCAUUACAGCCCCUUCAUGCCCUUAUAUUUUUGUUCAAAUGGGUUCCUCAAUCCUCCAACCAAAACUCAGCCGGAAAAUUCGAUACCAACUUCCCUGGAUUCUUCGCGCAUCAAGUUGUAAACAACGCCUGUGCAACUCUGGCAGUACUAAACGCGCUAGGAAAUAUCCCCUCUCUCAAAUCUGGUCGACAGCUCGAGGAUUUAAUGAGCUUUACGACCGGAAUGGAUCCUGAUACCCGUGGGGUCGUCGUCACUAGCGCGGACUGGUUGAGAGAAGCGCACAAUUCCCUCUCGCCUCCGAAUGCAAUCUCUUUGGAUGGACUCGGUCCACCCAGGAAAUCCGAGGAUGCCUAUCACUUUGUGGUUUAUCUUCCCAUCACGGGUUCCUUGUAUGAACUGGACGGAUUGAAGCCUCAUCCGGUCACUCAUGGAUCAUUUGAGGAUUCAAGUGGUGGCUGGCUGAACCUUACUCGUGAAGUGAUCGAAACCCGGAUCGCAACAUAUCCACCUGGAGCACUUGAUUUCAGUCUCUUGGCCCUAAGAGAUGACCCACUCCCGUCAAUGCAGUCCCAACUUAAAACUCUCCAUACUUCUGGUAAAGAAGCCGAUGCUGCGGAGCUUGUUGUCAAGAUAGCGAACGAAACCAAUAAACGAGAGCGUUGGGCUUUCGAAAAUAGUCUUCGACGACACAAUCACGUUGGAUUGAUGCAUGCUUUACUUGUAGCACUCGCCACGGCCGGAAAACUAAGCCCGGCCAGAGAAAAUGCGAAGAACGUAAUGAAGGACAGAAUUCAAAAGGCUAAAGACCGAGGGGAGGCAACGGAUGAGGAUUAGAGAUGACAAGAAAGUUAAGGAAAUCUUUUGGGACAGAGGUGGUUUUCCUACCGCCUAAAUGGUACUUCCAAUGUCGUUGAUUUUCAGGAGAGGCGACUUUGGUCCCCUUCGCAGACUUCCUACACGUGCCCGAAUCGCAGUUGAGAGUUUUAAUCCAG